GGUGAAAGAUUGUCUGUUUGUGUAAAGUGCAGUCUUCUUUGGAGUUCUUAGAUUAUGUGUUGACUCUAGACAAAAUUGCCUCUCUCUGUGAUCUUUCCCAAGGCAUUCAAAGAAAGUCUCCGACCAACUUCCUUCCAAGCCUGCUUUUAUCUACAACAUAAUCAUCAUAAAUUCAUAUUACCGCUCCUAAGGUGUUAGAUUGUCUCCUUAAUGUUUGGUUUAUCAAAAGCAAAUAAUUGCGAGUAUGAUGAUGAUGUUCCAGUCUUGAGGAGAAAGAGUUGAGUUUUCUUUUUUGACCAUUUCUCUUUCUGCAGGAUAUUCACUUGACCGCCAAGUUUUGAAAUCUUGCUAGGAAUUUGAAGGUGAACUUCAGUUUUCUUAGUUUCUUUAGCGUGUCCAGUUGAAAGAAACAAUUGCAAGUUUACAGAAUUUCGGUUUUCAUCUUAAACAGAGCAGGGGUUUUGCUUUACGCUCCUCUAGCAGAAUUUCCUUAUGGGGAGUGAUGCUGCUUCAGUUGUUGGGAUACCAUCUCCUCGUGACAUUAAGGUGCAUCGCCUAAUGUGCAUGGAACUAAUUAAAUUUGUAACUAGAGUUUCAAUGUUACUUCCAGCCAUCGAAAAAGCCCGUCCUGGAUGCAACUCAGGAAUACAGGUACUUUGCCAGUUAACCAGAGCACUUGACAAAGCCAAGGACAUCCUUCAGCAUUGCAGUGAAUCCAGUAAAUUAUACUUGGCACUAACUGGAGAUGUUAUACUUUCAAGAUGUAAGAAAUCAAGAAACUUGCUUGAGCAAAGCUUGAACUCUGUGCAGAAUAUGGUUCCUGUAAUGUUGGCUACAGAGAUAUCGCAACUGGUUGAUGACCUGAGGGCUCGGAUAUUCAGCUUGGACCCAUCUGAAGCGGAGGCAAGGAAGGUGUUAAGCGAACUACUUCAUCAGUAUACAUCUACAACACAUUCAGGGGAAGAACAUGUCUUUCAGGCUAUUCAAAUUGCUAUGCGGAGCCUGCGUAUCACAUCUCCAAAAGAUCUUUUGAUAGAGAAAAGAUCCAUUAAAAAACAGCUGGAGAAAGUUGGGGGGGAUAGUCCAGCAAAAAGGAAAAUCUUAUUGUUCUUUCUGAAUCUUCUCAACAAAAAUGGCAAAUCUAUUGUGGCAGAGCACGCAGAGAAUGGAACUCUGCGGCAUGAAGACUCCCUCGCAUUGGAAAAUCAAUUUGAAGUGGAAUCUCGUCUGAGAUUUCAUCAUAAUGAUGCUCAAAGGGAUAUCUUUAACUGCUCUCUAAUCCCAGAUGAGUUCAAAUGUCCUUUAUCGUCGAGACUAAUGUAUGAUCCCGUUGUCAUUGCUUCUGGACAAACAUAUGAAAGAUAUUGGAUUGCAAAAUGGUUUACUGAAGGUAAUGACACAUGUCCAAGAACUAAAAAGAAAUUGGUCCAUUUGUCAUUAACCCCAAACAACUCAAUGAGGGACCUAAUAUCAAGGUGGACUACAGCACAUGGAGUUAGCGUUCUUGACCCUAGUGUACAAGCAGCAGUAGGUCACUCACGGGAAUCAUCUUCCGCUUCCAUUGCUAGCUUAAGCAACUCAAUGAUGGAUCUAUCUCUACCUAUAGACUUCAGCAAUUUAUCACUGGGAUAUUCAGAAGCUGGUCCUGCAUCACACUCUUCUCAUGCUAAGACACCAAAUGACUUCAGUGUCGUGUCACUGGAAAGCAGUGGCAAUUUUCAUAAAGUUCAAUCUGGUGAAAGCUUUAAUGAAAUAGAACUGGAUCGUUUAGCGAGGCUCAAUUUGCUUUCUUGGGAGUCUCAAUGCAGCUUGGUUGGAAAUAUCAGAAACAUGUUGAAACAAAACGGUGAAGCUCGUGAUUGGAUGUUGUCGGAGAAAUUUAUUCAGAAACUUAUUAGAUUCUUGGAAGAUGCACAUAAAUUUCAUUAUCAGGAUGCUCAAUUAUUGGGAUGCCAGUCAUUAUUAGCAGUUCUUGAUGAAUGCGGAAGCAGUUUGCCAUACUUGAACGAUGAUGCAUUUGCGCUUUUGACCUUAUUGCUUGGUUCGGAGGUUUCUAAAGAAGCUCUUGUUAUAUUCGAGGUACUGUCCCGCGACCAUAAGUGCCACCAUAAAUUUGCCGCGUCUGGUGCACUCAGUACUAUCCUGGAGAUUCUUGAUGCCCAGAGUAGAGAAUUACAGGAACCAGCCAUCAAAAUAUUAUGUAACAUGUCAGGAAGUUGCAAAAUAGGUUCCUGGAUUGCACCUUCAGAGUUGGUUCCUAAGUUGGUUCCUUUUCUUGAGGAUACAGCUCUGGCAAGAUAUUGUGUUAUCAUUUUGGAUAAUUUGUGCAUCAAAGAAGAUGCUAGAAUUGCUAUAGCUGAAACUGCUGGAUGCAUUACGUCAAUUGUGAAACUGCUGCAGCGUGACAAUCGCAAGGACCAGGAGCAUGCAGUGGCUCUUCUUCUUUCUUUAUGCUCCCAACGGGCUCAAUAUUGUCAACUGGUGAUGGAUGAGGAGCCCUUUUUUUCUGAACUUCUUGCUGUAUCUGUUAAUGGAAACAACAAAGCAAAGGGAAUGGCUUUGGAGUUGCUGAGACUGCUGAGGAGUGAUAUUGGAGAAUCUUAUGAAUCGGAUAUUGACAUUCCUAAAACCCCCGUCAUUGACUCUACUCAGCAGAAAUCUUGCUCCAAAGCAACAGGAAUUUUUGGAAAAUUUUUCUCAAAACGCAGGUCACCUGCUAACAAACGGAUAAAAUAGAAGUAAUGCUGUCUGGUUUUACCUCUUUUGGCUAUUGAUAUCGUAGAAUGAAACAGUUUGAAGAUGCCACUUAGCUGAAUUUUCCAUUUCAGUAGUGUCGACUAUGGCUGUUGGCCUUGCACUGACUUGUUGUAGAUAGUAAGAUAUAUUUUUGCAUGGUAGGAUGUGUACAAUUUCACAGGUUCGUAUUAUCGUAUAGAUUUUGUUAGUGAGACAGCUUAAAUGGAGCGGCAUAGACAGAAAGGAUUCAUGCCGUAGCCGAGAAUGCUUGGGGAUAGAAGGUGUAAUUAUUGUUGUAUCUAGUUUUUGUUUGUAUCUAAAUGAUUUUAACAUUUCAUAUUCAGGUGUAUAGUAUUUUAUUCGUUUGUACAAAUACAAUAACUUUUCAAUGAAUCUCACUUUCCGGUAUGACCAUCGAGCACCAUAGCACAGUUAAUGCUAGCUGUUAUGUA